CACUACGCAAGGACACAGCCCCUACAGAAAAGCCUCCCGCCAUUUCCGAACGAACGCGGCCGCGGGAAAGUUCACUUCAAAAUAGAAUCUCUAUUUAAAAUAGAAACAAAUAUUCAAAAAUAACAUUCGAAAAGAAAUUAUUUGAAAAUCAAAUUGACUGGAAUUUUACAUUAAGAAUAAAUAGUUUUAUUUUUUUGAAGAGAUAAAAAAUAAACAAAAGACUGAAACAAAUAUCAGUGUUGUGAAAAUUGUGGUCGUUUUGGAAAAAAUAGAUGUUGUAAAUAAACGAGCAAGAUGAAGUUAUAAAAGCUCAUUUUACAAACAAUAACUAACAUGGACAAUCGAACAAUACGAAUUUGUUUUUCAUUUCUUUUAUUCAGCUUUGUUAUAGAAGCUAAUACUAAUGCUAAAGAAACAAUAACAGAAGAUGAUCUUCGUCAGCCCAGAGUGAGUGGGCGGAUAGUGAAGGUAUACUCCGGGACUAGACCCGAGCCAGUUUAUUGCCAGCAAGAGGGAUUCCAAGCAGAUCCAGCGGACUGCGCUGUCUUCUACCGAUGCGUCAAGGGAGCUAGUAAUAAAUUCACCGUCUUUAGAUUCCAAUGUGGCCCUGGCACGGUUUACGAUCCGGACACAGAAGUUUGUAAUUUCCCUCUAAGUACAAAACGAUCUGAAUGUGGUGGCGUUGUAAUUCCAUCGACCGAAAAAAGCAAUGAAAACGAAAUAGAAGGCGCACAAUCUGAAAUUCCUUCACCUAUAAGCAUUUCGAAGCCGAUUUAUGGAGAAUCUAUUAGAGAGACUACGACACACUCAACAGCAUACCCAUGGGCAAGUUCAAACACCCAAAAUACACAAAAGUCAUCGAGUGCAAGCACGGCAUAUCCAUGGAUGACUACUAAUGCAAACAAAGGUUCACCAUCAAAUAAACCGAUCUCACCAGUUCAGCCGAGCAGACAAGAAGGUGAUGCCUGUACGACAGACGGUUUCAUGGGUGAUAGUGAAAACUGUCGCAAGUUCUAUAGAUGUGUCGGAAACCAACGUGGUAGUUUUAUAAGAUACGAAUUUAUGUGUAGUGAAUCGACUAUAUGGGAUGAUGACGCACAAAGUUGUAAUCACCCUUGGGCCGUUCAACGACGUCGCUGUGGUCGAGGUAACUCAGAUGGUGAUAGACAACCGUCUACUUCCAACCAACAAGAUAAUCAGGUUCCUCCCAAUACAACAAUACAAGAACAAUUGCAAAUAAACUAUGGAGAUAAAGUAACCCAAACGCAAACUCAAAUAAGUCACGGUCAAGUUAUUCAGAAUCAAACACAAAUAAAUUAUGGCAACCAGCCUAACAAGGCACAAAAUUCACAAGUGAGACAGAAUCAGACUCAAAUCAGUCAGGGAUCUGCAGUCAGCCAAACACAGACUCAAAUAAACCAUGGUGAUAAUGCAGUACAAACACAACUCCAAAUAGACCAUACAAAAGAUUCUAGUCAAUCUCAAACGCAAGUACAUGAAACUACAUCUAGAACAACAACAAUAACUAGCAAUGCGGCACCAGAAGAACAAGAUCAAGGUUAUGGUAAUCAUCAAAACGACCCAGAAGAUUCUGAAGAAACUGAUAGUAGUUCAAACCAGUGUACGGAAAGCGGAUUUAUGGGAGACAGUAUGAACUGUAAAAAAUUCUACAGAUGUGUUGAUAACGGAAAAGGAGGUUUUACGAAGUAUGAAUUUACAUGUGGCGAAGGUACGGUUUGGGAUUCUUCAAUUGAGGCUUGCAAUCAUGAAUGGGCAGUCAAAAAGUGUGGAGGAAAAGUGCCACAAAGUUCACCUGAAGAUGGUCCUCAAUCAACAACGACCACUAGAACAACGACAACGACAGCUAAAACCACUCAAAACUACCAACCUACGUCGGAGUCUACCACAGAUGAAGACUAUGAUACUGGAUAUGGAAACCAAAACCAACAAUCAGAGACUUCUACAUCUUCAACAGCAACAUCAAUAACAACGUUACAAACGAGUUCUGCAAUUUCCACAAGUGGCCCUCCAUCUAACUCCACUGAAUGCCAGUCAAGUGGUUUUAUGGGAGAUGCAAAUGAUUGUAGUAAAUUCUAUAGAUGCGUUGACAACGGUAAAGGUGGUUUCACUAAGUAUGAAUUUAAGUGUGGAGACGGAACUGUAUGGGACCCAGAAAUAGACGCGUGUAAUCAUCCGUGGGCAGUUAAAAAAUGUGGUGGUAGUUCUACUGAUGUAAAUAAAGUAGAAACAACCACUGGUGUAGGAACAACACAGGCCAUUACCAGUGUCUCACUUGUUCAAACUACAACACAGGCAUCAUCUGAAAAUGUUGAUUACGAUUCAGGUUAUGGCCAACAGCAAAGUGAAUCAUCGUCCUCAAGUACAAGUACUACAAAACAACCUCAAGCAGGUGGAUCUAAUGAUGACAACAAAUGCCAGUCUAGUGGAUUCAUGGGUGAUGAAAACGAUUGCAGCAAGUUUUACAGAUGCGUGGAUAAUGGUAAUGGAGCUUACACUCGUUACGAAUUCAAGUGUGGGGAAGGUACAGUCUGGGAUCCAAAAAUUGAAGCUUGUAACCAUCCUUGGGCAGUAGAAAAGUGUGGUGGUAGUAACUCUGGGGAUAUUAAUAAAGAAACAACACCUGUGCCAAGCCAAACAAUGAGUGAUGAACAAACAGGUACAACAGGUGUACCGGAAAAAGAAAUUGAUAAACCGACACAAUCUCCAGCUAUAUCAGUACAGACUACUGAACAACCAAAGCCAACUAAACCACCUAUUGGAAACGAAUGUUCUCAAGAAGGUUUCAUGGGUGAUAAAAGCGACUGUAAAAAGUUUUACAGAUGCGUUAACGAUGGUCGCGGAGGUUUUAUAAAAUAUGAAUUUAGUUGUGGAGAUGGUACUGUUUGGGAUUCAGAACAAAAUACUUGCAAUCACGAAAAUUCUGUUAAAAAUCCUUGUAGUUCUAGCACUUCCAGUCAAAAUGAGAAUGUUUCUGAAAGUUCGCAGGAAUCUACUACACAAGCAGUACAAACUACUUCAGCUCAAAGCACUGAAGAAUCCAAUACUACCGAAAAAACAUCUACCACCACUAAGCCUUCUUCCGGAAAAGAAUGCCAACAGGAAGGUUUCGUGGGUGAUGAAUAUGACUGCAAAAAGUUUUAUAGAUGCGUGGAUAAUGGUCGCGGUGGGUAUAUUAGAUAUGAAUUUUCAUGUGGAGAGGGAACCGUCUGGGAUCCAGAAUUAAAUACAUGUAAUCAUCCUUCAGGUGAUAAUCGUUGUGGUGGAACCGGAAACCAACCUAGUAGUACACAGCCAGACCGUGAAAACGAUGAACCUAUUACAGAUGCAACUUCCAGUACAACACAAUCAAGUACAGAGCAAAGUCAAGCUACAACAGCUGCUCAAAAACCAAUACCUUCAAGUGAUACCUGUACAUCUGAAGGGUUUUUCGGUGAUUCAAAGGAUUGUAAGAAAUUUUAUAGGUGUGUUGAUAAUGGUAAAGGUGGAUAUACUAAAUAUGAUUUUAAUUGUGGUGAUGGUACGAUUUGGGAUGACGAGAUACAAGCAUGUAAUCAUGAAACUGGUACUUCUAAUUGUACAAAGAAUUCUAGUAAUGAGACACAAACAAGUCGCCCUCAGACAGAAUCUACUGACGAUGGUUCUUCAACUACUUCAUCCAGUACUGAAGGACAAGAGUCUACACAAAAAACAGAAGCCCCGCCUGCUGAAUCCAGUGGUAAUUGUACUUCUGAAGGUUUUUAUGCCAAUCAAAAUGAUUGCAGGAAAUUUUAUCGCUGUGUUAGUAACGAUAAAGGGGGAUAUACGAGAUAUGACUUUUCUUGUGGAGAAGGAACUAUGUGGGUUCAAGAAAUCCAAGCAUGUGAUCAUGAUACAGGAGAAAUGAGUUGUGGUAGUCAAAAUGCUCCGGUUUCAUCGACGACAGAAUCUACAACUUCUACAAGCCAUCAAUCAUCAUCCUCCACAACAUUAAGUAGCACAGCAACACAAAAGCCUGUCAAGGAAGAUGAUGAAUACUCAAGUGAUACUUCUAGUCAACCACCUUCCUCUAGCAGUGAUGAUAAGUGUACAUCUGAAGGAUUUUAUCCCAAUAAAAAUGAUUGCAGACAAUUUUAUCGCUGUGUCGAUAACGGAAAUGGUGAAUAUACAAAAUAUGACUUUACUUGUGGUGAAGGUACCGCUUGGGAUUCCGAGGUGGAAACUUGUAAUCAUAUAAGUGAAGUUAAAAACUGUCAAGGCGAUAGUCAAUCUCAACCUAUGCAAGACGAGGAAACGUCUCAAUCACCAGGUUCAUCGACAACUGAAAGUACUACAAAUUCUUCAACAUCGGGUUCCACGACAGAGAAUACAAAACCUAGUCAAGACACUUGUAAACAAGAAGGUUAUUUCGGAAACACACAAGACUGUACAAAGUUUUACAGGUGUGUUGAUAACGGGAACGGCGGAUUAACUAAAUAUGACUUUUCUUGCGGCGAGGGUACUAUUUGGGACCAAGAUGUUUUAACUUGUAAUCAUCCUCAAGAUGUCAAUAACCCCUCUUGCCAACAAAGUGAAAACAACCAAUCCUCAGACUCAAGUUCAUCGUCAACUUCAAGUUCAUCGCCGACUUCAAGUUCAUCAUCGACUACAAGUUCAUCUUCAAGUUCUUCAAGUACAACUGAAAGCAGCGGUUCAGCUGAUUGUUCACAAGGUUCAACUAAAAAACCAGCUAACUCAAAUGUCAAUUGUACCAAAGCAGGUUAUUACCCUGAUCCUGAUGAUUGUAAGAAAUUUUACAGAUGCGUAGAUUGGGAUGGCGAUGGAAAACGUUUCUCUGUGUAUCACUUUGAUUGUGGUGAAGGCACUAUUUGGGAUCCAGCGCUUGAUACAUGUAAUCAUGAAGAUUCAGUUUAUCCACCUCGUGACUGCAGUGGUGGAUCACAAUCACAAAAUGAAAAUGUAGACCAAGAAUCUACUACAACUACUACGGAAGGGACAACUACCGAAGAGGACAGCAAAACAACCGAACAAACAACGCAAGAGUCGACUGCUAGUGAACAGACUACACAACAAUCUUCUAAUGAACAAACCACGACGGAGCAAAAUACUACAAGUGAACAAACAACAGAGCAAUCCACAACACAACAGGGUAGUGAAGAGCAUUCUACAACUGAACAAACCACUAACGAACAAACUACAACUCAGCAGUCAACUACAGAACAAACAAAUGAACAAGAGUCCACUACGAAGGAAAGUACAACAGAACAUUCAGAUAAUCAAGAAAGCACUACAAAAGAGUCCAGCAAUACUGAAGAAUCAACUACACAGGAAUCUACGGACCAAUCAACCACGGAGCAAUCAACCACGGAGCAGUCAACUACGGAGCAAUCUACCACGGAGCAAUCCAUUACUGAACAAUCUACAACCGAGCAAUCCACCACUGAACAUUCAACCACGAAGCAAUCAACCACGGAGCAAUCAACCACGGAGCAAUCAACCACGGAGCAAACAACCACGACACAAUCUACUACUGAGCAAUCUACUACCGAACAAUCUACCACUGAGCAGACAGAUGACGGUGAGACCACCGAAAGUGAAAAAGAUUCAACUACAGAGAGCGAAACAGAAUCAAGUACAGAAAAUGGGGAGGUAACUACUGAAAGUAGUUCAUCUUCAGACAAGGAUUGUCCAGAAACUGAAGAUGAUCAGAACUUGUUCGUAUGCCCAACAUCCUUUAGGCGGCAUCCCAAAUAUUGCAAUAUGUUCUACCAGUGUACAGAAGAUGACGAUACGCACGAUGUUCAAAUAGCAACAUUCCGUUGUCCAAACAAUACUAUUUAUGAUGAAAGUAAAACCAAAUGUGUCGAAGAGAAAAAAGCGGAUAAGAAAUGUGAUGGAGAAAUAGCUCAGAAACGAAGAGUUAAACGUUUGGACUCUACUCAUAAAGAACCGAUCAUCGUGACAAAUGAGAGGCUGAAAUGUCCGGCAGCUGGUCACUACCCAUUUGAAAAAGAAGAAUGUUCUCCGGCUUUCCUCAAAUGUCAAAAGACUAAAUCAGGCAAAUUGCGGGGCUAUGUCUACCAGUGUCCUCCAAAUCAUGUGUAUUGGUCAGUAAGCAGAAGAUGUGAGCCUAAGGGACAUCUAAGAGAUUGUAAGCGAUCCUAUAAUAAUUGGAACGGCCGAUGGGAAAUCCCUGUUGAACGGCGGAAUGUAGCGCCAUAAAGGCAAAUUCGAACGAAAUGUAUUAAACCAAUUUUUCUCGCAAAAUAUUCAAAAUAAUCAUAAUAAUAAUAUGAAGAGUAAGAUAAGUUACACUAUAUAAGAUUGUAAAUAAAUAAAUAUUUAUAAGCUUCAAUCUUAGGAUAAACAUUGUACCUCUGGUAUAUUGCGUAGGCUUUAUUUCAGUACACUUGGUAGCAUUUAAAGGGGAUUUUAUGUAACAACAAACUUUUUUUUAAAUUAUUUUAGGAGUAAGUAAAUGAUCUUUUUUAUCAUCCCAAUUAAAAUUCGGAGUUGUCGUGAUUUUUUUGAUGUAAACUAUAUUUGAAAGUAAAUAAAUUUGCAGUACUUACUGUAAAAGGUGUGUAAAAGCGGUAAUAAUGCAAAAAUAAGUUGUAAUUUCUAGUCCCCAUCUGGAGUGAAAAAUGGCUGCCAUAAUGUUAAGAUAAACUUGUGGUCAAGAUGUUGUAAGAAAAUACAAAAACAAUAUUUUGAGCACGACCAAUUAUUCAAUAAAUUAUUUUUGUCGAAA